GCUCUCGCUAGCCGGUUGUCAGUCUCAAACCGGUUUAGCUGUGACAGUGACCAGUGUUUGUGCUAGUGUUGUUUCAAUGGAUUGUACUAUUUUGGAAAUGGAAGAUAAGCCGUACAGUGUUGACAGUUCCGACGAUAUCAACAUUGAGGAAGAGGACGAAGAACAAAUAGAAGAGAGUCAUAGUUACCCGCCAGACUUUCCAAUCGAAGCAUUAGUGAAGUUGGAGCGACCGUCGCCACCACUACCGACGCCACCCCAUACACCAACCGACGAUACGCCACCAGCGAUCAUUGUAUCGCGUCACCAAGCAACUUGGUCGCCACAAUACCCCGUGCAAGCUAGAACCAUGCAGACCCCAUACUCUUACGACAAACAGGUCCCUAAUUACACCUACCCUGGAGUACCAUACGGUCAACCGCAAGUCGCCAGUCUCCCACCGUCGGCACCCUACCAUGCAAUGUUAGUCAAUCAAUGGAUCAGGAAUGCCGCUUUGUACCACCACUCAUUGCGAUACCCAUCGAUGGCGCAGAGAAUGCCUGGAAGAAAUCCUCCUCCGAUGAGAGCACCAGGCGUCCCCGGAACAAGACCCAAGAAGCAGUUCAUUUGCAAAUAUUGUAAUCGCCAAUUCACGAAAUCAUAUAAUCUACUCAUCCACGAAAGGACCCAUACGGAUGAGAGACCUUACUCAUGUGAUAUCUGCGGGAAGGCCUUCAGAAGACAAGACCAUCUCAGAGACCAUAGGUAUAUCCACUCAAAGGAGAAGCCUUUUAAGUGCACUGAGUGUGGGAAAGGUUUUUGCCAGUCGAGGACCCUGGCGGUGCACAAAAUCUUGCAUAUGGAAGAAUCUCCUCAUAAAUGUCCAGUUUGCAACAAGAGUUUUAACCAAAGAUCGAAUUUGAAGACCCACUUAUUGACUCACAGUGACGCCAACAAACAUCACUUAGAACAUUUAGAAGGUUGUCAAGAAGUAUCAUCAACAAGCCAAGCAGCUGAGAGUCCUUUACUGGACCUAUCGCAUAAGCCGUCCCCUCCACCAGCUCAUAACUAUCAACACAAACACCAAGAAUCACCCGUUGAAGUUCCAAAAAGACCGCUAGGAUUUUCAAUUGAAGAUAUUAUGAAACGUUAACUAUAUUAUAUCUUUGUAGUUAUAGGUUUUGAUCAAAACGAGUUGACCCGCUUUGUAGGACAAGUUUGAGUAAGAUGCGAGCUUACAGCGAUGUUAUGAAACUCGUUUCUAGAUAAAUGUUUUCCAGAUCAAUGUUAUUCGGAUUGAUCUUGGUAUAAUAUGUAUAUUGCUGCACCACAUUAGUGUGUAAAGUUUGGUACCUAUUCUUUAAAUUUAACCAAAGAUGUAUCUCAAUCGUUCGAUUAUUCAAGUUCUUCAUCAUCUAUCAUAUUUUUUGCUAAACUAAAAGGCUCUUGAACACUUUAAUUAAAUUUUUAUCAUUAUCGUGCUGUAUUUGUGCUUUUGUAAUUUGAAGAAUUCGACUCGAUCUUCUUUAGCUAAAGACUGAAAUUGUUUUAUUAUUGUUAUGUUUCUAGAGAUUUAUUUAUUGUGAUAGUUUCUCAAAUAAACCUAGGCUAGGGGUUAACUAAAGUUACCAAAAAGUAUUACCUUAUUAUGGGUUAUUUCAAUCCAAAAUUAGUGGCUAUGAUAUCUCAAAUCAUGUUCAAAGUAAUUUAAUGUACCUUUUUAAUUCUAUGAAUACAAAUACUUAGUAGGUAAUAUUAAAUAUCUGUACCUAUAGUUUCCAAUGUAAAU